ACUUUGUAUAUCUGUACAGAGAAAGAGAAAAAGCAAAAGGUGACGGAGAAUCUCUGUGUUUGUUGUUUGAAUUGGUAACGAAGAUAGAAACCUCAGCAACACUCAAAACCACCAUCAAGUGUUAAAAUCAGAGAGAAAAGACUCAAUUUUUGUUAUAUAUCAUAAUUUCUUCCCUGUUGAUACUCAUCAAAUUAUUUUUUUCUUUUUACCCUCUGAAAUCCAGCUCUGUGGUGAGGACAAUUUUGAUGAGUUGAAUUGUUGAGCUUCGUCUCUCGUGGGGGAUUGAGAUAUCAGCUUGAGGCUCGGUUGGUGUGUGGUGUUGUUUGUUAUGGCGGCAUUGUCAUUUUCAGUGGCAUCUGUGGUGGAAGAUGUGCUUCAACAGCACGGUACUCGCCUUAAAGAUCUUGAUUUGGAAUCCAGAAAAGCAGAAGAAGCGGCAUUCAGAAGGUAUGAAGCAGCAGGGUGGCUGAGAAAAAUGGUUGGAGUUGUUGCAGCCAAAGAUUUACCAGCAGAGCCCUCUGAGGAAGAGUUUAGGCUUGGUUUGAGAAGUGGGAUCAUUCUCUGUAAUGUCCUUAACAAGGUUCAACCUGGCGCUGUACCCAAGGUUGUGGAGAGUCCUGUUGAUUCUGCACUCAUCCCUGAUGGAGCACCAUUAUCCGCAUUUCAGUAUUUUGAAAAUGUGAGGAACUUUCUGGUGGCUAUCCAGGAAAUUGGAAUUCCUACCUUUGAGGCAUCUGAUCUGGAACAAGGGGGGAAAUCAGCCAGGAUUGUGAACAGCGUCUUAGCCCUUAAAUCCUAUAGUGAAUGGAAACAGACUGGGGCUGAUGGUGUGUGGAAAUUUGGUGGAACUAUCAAACCUCCAAUCUCUGCAAAAACUUUCGUGAGAAAAAACUCUGAGCCAUUUACUAAUUCCUUGUCAAGGAGCUCGUCCAUCAAUGAUAAAUCUACGAUUGCCUUUACCUCUGAUGUUGAGUCUAAUAAAAUGUCUGGGUCUCAAUCUCUGAGUAUGCUUGUUCGUGCAAUACUAUUGGAUAAGAAGCCAGAAGAAGUUCCAAUGUUGGUUGAAUCUGUCCUAAAUAAGGUCGUAGAGGAGUUCGAGAAUCGCAUUGCAGGUGAACAGACAAAAAUUUCAAGAGGUGCUGCAUCACAAAGCAAUGGAUCUGUAUCGAAGUUUGUUAUGGCAGAUAAAAAGAUUCCUAUGGUGACAAAGAAAGAGGAAUUCCUCCAUAAAAACCGUGUUGAUGAUGAGGAAUCAAAAAAACAACUUCUGAAGCAGCAAAUGCUCUUUGAUCAACAGCAAAGAGACAUUCAAGAACUAAAGCAUACAAUUCACAUUACCAAAGCUGGUAUGCGGUUCCUUCAAAUGAAAUUUCACGAGGAGUUCUCCAAUCUAGGAUUGCACGUUCAUAGCUUAGCUCAUGCUGCUUCUGGAUAUCAUAGAGUUCUUGAAGAAAAUCGCAAAUUAUACAAUCAAGUCCAGGAUCUUAAGGGAAGUAUUAGGGUGUACUGUCGAGUAAGACCCUUCUUAUCUGGACAACCAAAUUAUUUGAGCACAGUGGACAACAUAGAAGAUGGAACUAUCACAAUUAAUAUUCCUUCGAAGAAUGGCAAAGGGCGUAGACCCUUCAACUUCAACAAAGUUUUUGGACCAUCUGCAACCCAGGCGGAGGUAUUCUCUGAUAUGCAGCCCCUCAUUAGGUCUGUCCUUGAUGGUUACAAUGUUUGCAUAUUUGCUUAUGGCCAAACAGGAUCAGGAAAAACUUACACUAUGACUGGACCGAAAGAGAUCACAGAAAAAAGUCAAGGAGUGAAUUACAGGGCUCUAAGUGAUUUGUUUAUCACGGCUGAUCAAAGAAAGGACACUUUUCGCCAUGAUGUGUAUGUUCAAAUGAUUGAGAUUUACAAUGAGCAAGUCAGAGAUCUAUUGGUUACUGAUGGAUCAAACAAAAGAUUAGAAAUUCGUAGUAAUUCUCAUAGAGGGCUCAGUGUCCCAGAUGCAAUCCUAGUCCCAGUAUCAUCAACAAAUGAUGUUAUUGAUCUAAUGAACCUGGGCCAAAGGAACCGUGCAGUUGGUGCAACAGCGCUUAAUGACCGUAGUAGCCGAUCUCACAGUUGCUUGACUGUUCAUGUUCAAGGAAGAGACUUGACAUCUGGUACUAUCAUACGUGGAUGCAUGCAUCUGGUUGACUUGGCAGGAAGUGAGAGAGUUGACAAAUCUGAGGCUACAGGAGAUAGACUAAAGGAGGCACAGCAUAUUAACAAAUCUCUCUCAGCUUUAGGCGAUGUCAUUGCUUCCCUUGCUCAGAAAAACCAACAUGUCCCUUACAGAAAUAGCAAACUCACACAAUUACUCCAAGAUUCACUUGGAGGACAGGCCAAGACAUUAAUGUUUGUUCACAUAAGUCCAGGGGUUGAUGCUAUUGGAGAAACAAUUAGCACACUAAAAUUUGCAGAACGAGUUGCUACGGUUGAACUUGGUGCUGCUCGAGUAAACAAGGAUGGAGCAGAUGUCAAAGAGCUCAAAGAACAGAUAACGAUCCUUAAGGCAGCAUUGGCAAGAAAAGAAGGGGAGUCAGAACAUUCUUUAUCUGGAAGCACCGGAAAAUGUAGGACAAUGGCUAGUGAGCUAUCACCUUACCAUGCAAACCAGCGUGAUGCAAAUAUUGUGAGUGGCCUUGGGUGUAGACAACCCAUGAUUGAUGUAGGCAACAUAGAGCUUCACAGUAAUACCACAUUGAGGCAAAAAUCUCAGAGCUUUGAUUUUGAUGAGAUAUCAGCAAAUUCACCACCCUGGCCCCCAGUGAAUAGUCCUGGACAAAACUAUGGGGAAGAUGAUAAAGAAACUGGUUCAGGAGAGUGGGUUGAUAAGGUGAUGGUAAACAAGCAAGAUCCAAACAGAACUGAGAACAUGUUAGGGUGUUGGGAAGCAGACAAUGGAAACUUAUCUGAGGUCUUUUAUCAGAAAUAUCUCCAAGAUUCUUCCAAAAUAUACUCAGAACGAUCCUACAAUAUGUUCAUGGGAAGCAACCAGUUUAACAUUGCUGGUUCAGAUGACAUGGAUGAUCUUGAUGAUGCAACAACUGAUUCCUCAGAACCUGAUUUACUUUGGCAAUUUAAUCAUUCCAAACUCACAAGCGUAACCAAUGUUAAUGCAUCAAAGACUACGAGAUCUGUCUCAAAGCCAGCAAAUAGCCCAGGAUUGAGCAAGAAUAUAAUUCAUUCUUCUCUUGGUCCUUCACCUUCCCGGAAACAAACAAUUGGGGUCUCACAUCGAACAGGAAGGCAUCCAGCUCCAGUUGACAUGAAACGUAAAACUGGGAGUAGAAAAUAAACAUGAUUUUAUUUAUUAGGAACGAUAAAAGGGUGAUUUUUUUUUUCUAAUUUUUUAGAUCAAGAGAGAGCGCUUUUGCAAUAAUCUUUUUUAUUUUUAUUUUUUGGGUUUAUGUUUGUAAGUUUUGUAACUUGUAUUUACACAGAUAAUGGAGCAAUAAUGCCCGUUGCUUGUACCA